AUGUGGUCAAAUGUAGUUGAAUCUUCCAAUUCGUGGAUACGAGAGGAACGCCACUUGCGUAACACAAAGUUGAUUGAUAGUGUAAGAAUUAAGUUGAUGAGGAAAAUUGCUAAGAGGAGGGAACUUGUUAAUAAAUGGAAUGGUUUGAUAUGCCCUAAAAUGGAGUCCAAGUUGCAUGAUGGUUUUAAUACUUCGAGGCCAUGGAUUGUUAGUUCAUCUGGAAAUGAUGUCUAUGAGGUGCAUUCACAUCCAUCUGUUUCAGUUGACAUUAGUAGACAGAUAUGUUCUUGUGGCGAGUGGCAGUUGAAAGGGUUUCCAUGUGCACAUGCAGUUGGUGCUAUACAAAAGAGUGGACAUAAUUUGAGUUUAUUUGUUAAUCAAUACUUCUAUGUUCAAAGUUAUCGAGAGUCCUAUUCUUUUCCCAUAUAUCAUGUUCCUUCAAUUUGGAAACCAGAUUGUAAUGUUGAUGGUGAUAGUGAAAUUGUUCUUCCUCCUUUGUCUAAGAAGCAACCAGGAAGGCCAAAUAAGAAGAGGAUUCGUUCGAAUGGUGAGAAAGUGAGGCAAAUUACUUGUAGUAGAUGUGGGAAGGUUGGGAAUCACAAUAAGAAAUCGUGUAAGGAGGCUUUGUGA